AUGGGGACCCCCGGGUUAUGGGGGUUGUUUUUGGGUCUGGGGUCUCACGGGCGCCCCCUCCCCAGCCAUGGAGGAGCUGCGGGCGUGGCGGGCCGCAUCGCGGCCGAGCUGGACGCGGUUGUGGCGUUCUGGGAGCGGCACUCACACGACCCCGAGCACGGGGGUUUUUUCUCCUGCCUGAGCCGCGACGGUUCCGUCUACGACGACACCAAAUUCGUGUGGCUGCAGGGCCGCCAGAUCUGGGUCUAUUCCCGCCUGUACCGCACCGUGCCCCGGUUCCGCCGGCCCGAGCUGCUCGAGGCGGCGCGGAAAGCCGGGGAGUUCCUGGAGAGCCACGUGCGGCCGGAGCCCGGCUCGAGCCGCGCCGCGUUCGCGCUGAGCCGGGACGGGCGCCCGGUGCGGCUCCAGCGCAGCUUCUACAGCGAAGCGUUCUGCGCGCUGGGGCUGGACGAGCUGGGCCGGGCGGCGGGCGAGGGGCGCUACCGGGUGAGACCCCUCCCCAAAUUAACCCUGGGACUGGGGGAGACCCCUCCCCAAAUUAAUGACCCGGGACCGGGGGAGACGCCUGGGCGCGGCGCUGGGCCGGCGCCGUGUGGGGCUGGGCCCGGGGGGCUCCCAUGGAGUUGGGGCGCCCCGCGGUUUUCGGGGACCCCCCCCCAGCAGGCGCUGGCCCAGGCCAUGAUGGUGCUCAAGGUGGGGCUGCAGCUCUGGGGGGACCCCCGGAGGGACCCCCAGAACGAGCCCGAGACCCCCGAGGCCGAGGCCAUGGCGGAGUGGGGGGCGCGGCACGUCCUGAUGCACCUGCAGCGCGGGGACUCGGUGGUGCUGGAGAACGUCAGCCCCGAGGGGGAGGAGCUGCCGGGGAGCCUCGGGCGCCUCAUGAACCCCGGGCACGCUCUGGAGGCGGCCUGGCUGCUGCUGCAGUUCUCGGGGCGCCGGGGGGACGCGGCCCUGGGGGCUCGGGCGGUGGCGGCGCUGCUGGAGGGACCCCUGAGGGGGGGCUGGGACCCCCAGCACGGGGGGCUCUUCUCGUUUCUGGACGCCGACGGGCACUGCCCCACACAGCUGGAGUGGUCCAUGAAGCUGUGG